AUGCCCUCUCAGCCUCCUCUGCUGUCACAUCCCUCCCUCCCCUUCCACUCCCCCCUAGCAAUUAUCUCGCACCCCACCUGCUUGCUUUGCUUUGCUUUGCUUUGCUUUGCUUGCUUUGCUCCAAGUAGCUGCCAUUCAUCAUCUACUUACCCCUCCCCCUCCUUUUCAUUUUUCUUUCUCUCUGUUCUGCAGCCUGCUACUUAUCUAUUAGUCAGGUCUCAUAUCACUAUCAAGACCCCCUCCUCGUCUCUCUUCUUCUUAUUCUCCUUCUUCUUUCCCCCUCCAUUCCUCUUCUUCUCUGUUCCUUCCCUCUGA